AUGUUACUUCGGCGUUUAACUCUUUCAUCCCGUCAUCUUCUCCCUCGCGUUGCGCUCUGGCAGGGUAUUCGUUGCUCAAGUGAAGGCACAAGCGAGACGAAACCUGUAUCACCUGUUAACAUUGAGAGUUUUACACUAAAUGAAGAGGUUGUCAAGAAGGAUAUGGAGGCAUUACAGAGAUGGAAUGAUUUGUCAGCGGUAAUUGAUACAUCUCGCGCUAAUAAACAGUAUGAAGAUAUUCUUGCUGCUGUAAAGAAGGGAUUAGACAUGUUAAAGGAGAUGGGGGCACUAAAUGCACCCAUACAAUGUGAAACUCUGCUUCUUCUGGAAGCAGCACAAGCACAUUAUAAUCUUCAGCAGUUUGAUGAUGCCUUAAAAAAUGCAGAAGAGGCUAAAAAAUCACUUCUUGAAACUCCUUUAUCCUUACGAGAUGCUGCACAAUUAGCAGAAGUUAAUCAACUGAUUGCGUAUAUUCUCUUAAAGAAUGGAAAAAUUGAGGAUUCUUUUAAUCUCUUUACAGAAGUGCUACGUUGGAUAGAUGUGGAUGCCAAGUCCGCUAUGCCUAUGCAAGCCGUUGCGGCUGUAAAUAUGCGACGCUCUAUCGUUACCGGUAUUGGUCUCUGCCAUGAGAAAUUAGCCGAAAAAGAGGUUGCGUCUGGUGGUGAUGGAAAAGAAAUGUACGGCAAAGCCCUCGAUCUGUUAAUUGAGGCUCUUAACAUUCACAUUGACGAGGGCGAUGUGGACUCUGUAAAGUUAACACUCGCGCGGGUGUUGCGUUGUUUUGAGGCCGUUGGGGAUCCCGCGCAGGCGCACGCCACGGCGGAGAAAUACGUGCGAUGGUGCCGCCGGCAUAAUGACGAGGCGGGGGCCGCGGAGGGCACUGCGUGGUUGCAGGAACUGCAGGAGAAGUACGGUGUGGGUAACUCUGCCAAUUGA